CGGUCUGUCUACUCACAUUGACCAGUAGUUCUGCAUCUCUGCGGACAUGAUCGCGCUCGUUGUGCUGUGUCUCGUGCUCCUCGUGUGUUGGUUCAGGAGGAAAAGAAGCCGUAAUGAUAUUUUAAAUUACCCCCCGGGACCCAAACCCUGGCCAAUCAUUGGCAGCCUGCAUCUUCUCGGACAACACAGUUCUCCGUUCGAAGCCUUUACAGUCCUUAGCAGAAUUUACGGAAACAUCUUUAGCAUCAACCUUGGUUCUACACCCUGCGUCGUCGUUAACAACCUUGAUUUGAUCAAAGAGGUACUAAUUACUAAAGGUGGAGACUUUGACUCCAGGCCCGACUUUAUCAGGUUCCACAUGUUAUUUGGAGGAAACAGGAAUAACUCAUUGGCUCUUUGCGAUUGGUCCGACCUGCAAAAAACACGUCGCAGUAUAGCGAGAACAUACUGUUCACCAAGAUUUACUUCUUUGCAGUACGAUAUGGUUGCCAAUGUAGGUACCGACGAAAUAACAACGUUUCUACACGAAAUACAGAAAUUACCUGUCAACACACCCAUUAAUAUCAAGCCUCUAGUCUUAAAAGCAUGUGCAAACAUGUUUACGCAAUACAUGUGUUCGACGUCCUUUUCGUAUGACGAUGAAGAGUUCCGAAAAGUAGUUAGAUACUUCGAUGAAAUCUUUUGGGAAAUUAAUCAGGGUUAUGCAGUAGAUUUUCUACCUUGGUUGCUGCCUUUUUACAAGAACCACAUGAAGAAAAUAUCGCAUUGGUCUUCAGAAAUCCGUCAAUUCAUAUUAGGCCGUAUCAUUGACGAUCACAGAGCUACCUUGGACUACAACUCACCUCCUAGAGAUUUUACAGAUGCUCUAUUAAUGCAUUUGGAAGAAGAUCCAAACAUGAACUGGCAGCAUAUUAUUUUCGAAUUGGAAGACUUCAUUGGUGGUCAUUCGGCUGUUGGAAACUUAGUGAUGAUGACUUUAGUGUCGCUGAUUCAACAUCCACAUGUUGCCAAACGUGUCCAAAAAGAAGUAGAUGAAAUAACUGCUAAUUCAAGAGCCCCUAGUCUGUUAGAUAAAUCCAUGAUGCCGUACACAGAAGCUGUUAUUUGGGAGACAUUAAGAAAAGCUUCUUCUCCAAUUGUACCUCAUGUGUCUAGCACUGAUACUGAAUUAUUUGGUUUUAAUAUUCCUAAAGGGACCAUGAUUUUUAUUAAUAAUUACGAUCUUAAUGUGAGCAGUGAUUACUGGGAAAACCCUAAUGAGUUUAUACCAGAGAGAUUCUUAUCAGCUUCUGGCAAUGUAGUUAAACCUAACCACUUCAUACCGUUCAGUACAGGAAAAAGGACUUGUAUUGGUCAGAGAUUGGUGCAAUGCUUUAGUUUUAUUAUCCUGGCUACUCUACUACAGAAAUACGAUCUAACAGCAGAAGGAAAAAUUGACGUGAAGCCUGGAUGCGUGGCUGUACCUCCAGAUUGCUUUAAGGUGAUUCUGAGCCCAAGAUCUUCCUGAAAAUAAUGGAAAAUUAUCUUUUAAUGGUUUUCUAAUAAGUUUACUUUCAGCAGUAAAACUGCCUCUUGCUCGAGAUCGAGAUGAAGAUAUUGUAGCAGCACUGUAUAUAUCUCUUUGUGCUUAUGAAUCACAGGCUCUACACUAGCCUUCCUCCACUGGCUGAAGACGAGGCCGUCAGGCAGCAUGCCAAACAUCACCGCCUUUAUUAUUUUUCUCAUUUUCUUUGUUUAUCUUUCAUUGUAUAUAUAUCAU